GGGCGCGGGCAGCGCAGUGCUGCGCGCAGCCGGUGGCGGGCGGGGAGCGGAGCGGGCCGGGCUGGGCUGGUUCCUCGCAGCGACCCUCCGGGCACCGACCGCGCCUCCCCGCCUCCGCCCCGUGGGGAACAGCCCACGGAAACACCUAUUUUUUUUUUUUUCAGCUUUUUUUUUUUUUUCUUCCUUUUUUUUUUUUUUUUUUUCCUAAUUUUCCUCCCGCUUCCCUUCCCAACCCGGCACUUCCGGCUGGUUUCCGGGCCGUUUCCGGGUGACUUGAGCUCCUCUUCCGGUGGCGUUUCCACUCGGGGCGGGUGGGAGAUGCUGGUGGCGGCGGCGGGGCCCGCUCCGGGCGGCUCGGAGCAGCGCGGCGGCCGGUUCAGCGUCCUCUCGUGGGAGCAGGUGCAGCGGCUGGACCAGAUCCUGGGCGAGGCCGUGCCCAUCCACGGCCGCGGAAAUUUCCCCACGCUCUCGGUGCGGCCCCGCACCAUCGUCCAGGUUGUCCGUAGUCGCCUGGAGAAGAAAGGAAUUGCAGUCCAUAAUGUGAGGUUGAAUGGCUCAGCGGCCAGUCACGUCCUACAUCAAGACAGUGGCUUGGGGUACAAAGACCUAGAUCUCAUCUUUGGUGUAGAUCUGAAGACUGAAGAUGUCUUCCAGCUUGUUAAAGAUGUGGUCAUGGACUGCCUUCUUGACUUCCUCCCAGAAGGUGUCAACAAAGACAAGAUCACCCCCAUGACUCUGAAGGAGGCAUACGUGCAGAAGCUUGUGAAGGUAUGCAACGAGACCGACCGCUGGAGCCUCAUCUCCCUCUCCAACAACAGCGGGAAGAACGUGGAGCUGAAAUUCGUGGACUCUCUCAGACGGCAGUUCGAGUUCAGCGUGGACUCCUUCCAGAUCAUCCUGGAUUCGCUUCUGCUGUUUGGGGAGUGCUCAGAGAACCCCAUGGCUGAAAACUUCCACCCCACGGUCACGGGGGAGAGCAUGUACGGGGACUUUGAGGAGGCAAUGGACCAUCUCCGGAACAGGGUCAUUGCCACAAGGAACCCAGAGGAGAUCAGAGGUGGGGGGCUUCUGAAGUACUGCAACCUCUUGGUGAGGGGGUUUAAGCCCAAAUCGGAAGUGGAUAUGAAGGCACUACAGCGAUACAUGUGCUCCAGGUUUUUCAUAGACUUCUCUGACAUCGGUGAGCAGCAGCGGAAGCUGGAAUGCUACCUUCAGAGCCACUUUGUUGGGAUGGAGAGCAAAAGAUAUGACUAUUUGAUGACCCUCCACAGGGUGGUCAAUGAGAGCACAGUCUGCCUUAUGGGACACGAAAGGAGGCAGACCCUGAACCUCAUUGCCAUGCUGGCUGUGAGAGUCCUGGCUGAGCAGAACAUCAUCCCCACGGUCACAAACGUUACCUGCUACUACCAGCCAGCUCCUUAUGUCAGUGAAAUAAACUUCAACUACUAUGUCACCCACGUGCAGCCCUUCCUGCCUUGCAAUCAGUCUUACCCAACGUGGCUUCCCUGUAACUGAGCUGGGACAAACUUCAGGGUCUGUCCUCCAAGGUACUUCCUGGCCUUGGGGAGUGGGGAGGGAGGGUGGGGGCAAAAAAAAAAAAAAAGACAAAACAAGAACAAACCUUCCUAGAACUGCAACAAAAGGAAACUUCCUGGACUCUUGCUUGAGUGUCUUGUUCCUGGGGUUGUUGGAACGAGGCCUGUCUGCUGUACACUGUGAUGGGAAGUGCAGUGUUAUGGAAACUAGAUGACUUGGACGUUUACAGGAAGACUCGAUCACUUACUGAAUUCUGGAGGCAAUGGGGGAGGGUGGGGGUGUGUGAGGGGAGAUUGUAAAGUUACACUAAGGUAGAACUGCACUGCCCUGAAAUGGAUCUGAAUUGUGGUUUUUAGUGCGGGAGGUGUUAUGGGUGUGCAGACUUGUGGCUUCUGAAGAUAGAAGCCAGAGUGGCUAAUUCCUCUGAAGGACCAAAGAAUCCUGUUUAAGUGCCUGUAACAAUAUAAACACAACUGUACUGUAAACCUUAUUUUUUUUUGCAGGGGCUGACAUCCUAAGAGCUUGAGUGGGGAUGUCUGAAGAGGAAAAUGUUUCUGUUGGGGGUGGGGGGGGUGGGGAGGGUCGUAAGAUCAUUUCUAGUAACCUCGCUGAAGCAAGAAUGGGAUCGCAGGUUACAUGUCGCUGAGGUUUUUUGGCAUGGCUUGCUGCCUGUGAAGGACCAGCUGUAGCAAAUAGCUGUCAAAGUGGAGUUGCAUAAACAGGGGUGGGCUUUGAAUGACUACGUGUAAAUGCCUAAAACUGGGGACAGGGGGGUGGGGGGGGAGUGCAUGGUGGAAAAUGCUGUGCAGAGCUUUAUGGAGAAAAGGCAGCAGGGACCUACAUAUGAAUUUAUUCAAGCUCCCAAGUCUGCAGUGCCAAAAUGUAAUCAUGUACAUAAAUGAUGAGGCAGAAGAUCUGUCCAGGAGCCUGCCCCAGGCUACCGUACCUAAUCAUGUAUUUUCUAGGGGAAUUUGAAAUGCUGCUUUUUCUUUUUUUUUUUUUUUGGCAUGCAGUGUGGUUUUAAUG